AUGCCCCGCAGCACGCCGGCAGCCGGCAGGUCUCGUCGGGCACGGGGCUGCUCUCGGCAGGUCGCUCGGGACACCUCCGCGCGGGCUCCGAGCCCCAGCCCGCGGGGUGCCCCAGGGCCGCGCCAGAGAACGGGAGCAGCUGCACGGGGAGUGGCGAGGAGGUGUGCGAGUACGACUUCGUCGAGUGCCCUCAACAGGGACGGGGGGUACUCGACGGGUGCUCACUGCGUGGAGGGCCGCUGGAUGAUCAGCCAGAGCCUCGUGGACUGCCACCGAAAUGUUUCUGACAUUCUGCACCUCCCCCCGAUCGAGCUGGACCCGCUGCCGCCGCUGACAGUUGACUGGGGCAACCACAACGAGUCCAAGGGUGCCGAAGAGCAGUCGGAGUCGUCGCAGCCGAGCGGACACGGGUCGUUCGCUGCGCACCAAGGCUGCCCACGGGCCGCCGCGCGACUGGCAAGCGCAAUGCCCCUGCUGUCCAUGGUGGUGUCCCGCAGCACGCUCUGCUGA